AUGAGUGCAGAAAGGUCGUUUGAGGCAUGGGAAGAAGUGCAACGUCACGGUCAGGAUUUAGCUGACCGACUUACCCAGGGUUUCACCGAUUUGAUCCAUACACAUAUCACUCCACCUCAAUUCGUUUGGCCUAAUCCUCCUAAAUCCAAGCUUUUCGAUUUGGAGUUUUCAACUCAGAGUUUUGGAAAGAGGGAUUUUGGUUUGCCUGUUGAUGAUUAUGGUGUUUCGGCGAUUUUCGAUAUCGGUAACCGGAUCGGUCAGGCUGGGAUGGAUUUUGGUGCUAGUUUGAAUGGAAUGGUUCAGCAGUUUUUCAGGUCGUUGCCGUUGCCGGUGCCGUUUAAACAUGAGGAGGAUACGGUUAGGGUUGGUGGUGGUGAAGGUAGACAGAGGAGGGGUUUAGUUGGGGUUUCUGUGAAUGAGGAUUUGGGUUUGGGGUCACUUACUGAGAGGUUGAGGAAUCAUGGAUUUUCUGAAAGUGUUAGUGGAACUGUUGAGGAAGAGAUUGGUGGGUUUAAUCUUGGUUCUGCUGGUCAUAUGGGUAGGAGACAGGGAAUCAUAAAUUUUACAUCAACUUAUGAUAGUAGAACUCAAGAAGUGGAGGGUUCUGUAGCUGCGAGGGGAGAUUUGUGGAGAGUAGAGGCAUCACGUGGUGGUUCUACAUCUGGAAAUGAAAAUUCUUCUCUUUACCUGGUCCAGCUUGGACCUCUCCUCUUUAUCCGUGAUUCAACUCUCCUUUUGCCUGUUCAUUUGUCAAAGCAACAUUUGCUAUGGUAUGGCUAUGACAGGAAGAAUGGAAUGCACUCUCUUUGUCCAGCAGUGUGGUCUAAACACAGAAGGUGGCUGUUGAUGUCCAUGAUUUGCUUGAAUCCCAUAGCUUGUUCAUUUGUGGAUCUUCAAUUUCCUAACGGGCAACUUACUUAUGUAUCUGGCGAGGGUCUCACUACGAGUGCUUUCCUUCCAGUUUGUGGAGGUCUUCUUCAAGCUCAGGGUCAAUAUCCUGGUGAAAUGCGAUUCAGCUAUUCCUGCAAGAACAAAUGGGGAACAAGAAUCACACCAAUGAUACAAUGGCCUGAUAAAUCAUUUUCCUUUGGUCUUUGUCAAGCCUUGGCCUGGAAGAGAUCUGGUCUCCUUGUGAGGCCAACUAUUCAAUUCAGUGUGUGCCCUACAUUUGGUGGAAGCAAUCCAGGGGUGCGGACUGAACUCAUUCAUUCGGUCAAAGAGCAACUUAGUCUAAUUUGUGGAUGUGCUUUAACAACAUAUCCUUCCGCGUUUGCUUCAGUAUCUAUUGGCAGAUCAAAAUGGAAUGGAAAUGUUGGGAACUCAGGUCUUGUUCUGAGAGUUGAUACUCCUCUAUGCAGUGUUGGUCGUCCUUCUUUUUCAGUUCAGAUAAAUAGUGGCAUUGAAUUUUGA